AGUGAUUGGAAAUUAACUGUAGACUGUAUUUGUAUUAGAUAAUGAAAUGUUCUACUUAUGAAAUAGUCAACACUACAACACCACACAUAUUACAACAUGUUUCUUCUCAGCUUUGCUUCCAUGGCGGAAGGCAACAGAUGAUGAGUUAAUGAAGAAAAUCAAUCAACUCGAGAACAAGGCCAGUGAGGUGGAGAAGACAAAAAAACUACUAGAGGAGAAGAAUAAAGAGAUGGAGAAGAGGAAUAAAGAGCUAGAGAACAUGACUAAACGAGAGAAGGAGAGAGAGGGACUACUGGAGAACAUGACCAGUGAGGUGGAGACCAGUAUAAGACAACUGGAGUCACUGGAAAAUGAACUGCAGGACAGGAACAGCCAAUUACAGGACCUGAGAACCCAACUACAAGAACAAGGCAGACAGCUGGAGGAGAGAGACAAACAGCUGGAGGAGAACAAGGAGGAAAAUAUUACACUUUUGACAGAGAGCAGGGAGAGACUGAUGGAGAUAGAACAGACAAAAGAACAACUAAAGGAAAAGAAUAAAGAAGUGGAGAAGACAAAACAACAACUAGAUGAGAAGAAUAACGAGAUGGAGAAGACAAAACAACAACUAGAGGAAAAGAAUAAAGAUAUGGAGAAGACAAAGGACAAGAACAAAGAAAUGGAGAAGACAGAACAACAACUAAAAGAUGAGAAUAAAGAGAUGGAGAAGACAAAACAACAACUAGAGGAGAGGAAUAAAGAGAUGGAGAAGACAAAACAACAACUAAAGGAGAGGAAUAAACUCCUCCAGGAGAGAGAGACAGAGCUAGAGAACAUGACUAAACGAGAGAAGGAGAGGGAGGGAUUACUAGAGAACAUGACCAGUGAGGUUGAGAUCAGUAAAAGACAACUGGAGUCACUGGAAAAGGAACUGCAGGACAGGAACAGCCAACUACAGGACCUGAGAACCCAACUACAAGAACAAGGAGGAAAGCCUCCCCGGUAUCAUUAA